AUGAGGAGAUUUGUCUACUGCAAAGUGGUUCUGGCCACUUCGCUGAUGUGGGUGCUUGUUGAUGUCUUCUUACUCCUGUACUUCAGCGAGUGUAACAAGUGUGAUGACAAGAAGGAGAGAUCCCUGCUGCCUGCGCUGCGGGGUGAUGUUUUAUACAGCUUUCAAAAAUCUCAUAGGGGGCCUGGAGAGAGUGGGCAGCCUUGUCUAAGCCCAAAAGAAGACAAUCAGAGAAACACUCUUUUCAGAAAAAAUAAAUUCCAGUUGAUGAAACAAAAUAUAUUUUUAGAGAAAUGACUACCGCACAUCAGGAGCCUGGGAUGCAAGACUAAAGUCUACCCUGAUGAACUUCCAAACACAAGUGUAGUCAUUGUGUUCCAUAAUGAAGCUUGGAGUACUCUACUUAGAACUGUCUAUAGUGUCAUAAAUCGUUCCCCACAUUACCUGCUCUCUGAGGUCAUCUUGGUCGAUGAUGCCAGUGAAAGAGAUUUUCUCAAGUUGACAUUAGAGAAUUACGUGAAAACUUUAGAAGUUCCAGUGAAAAUUAUCAGGAUGGAAGAGCGCUCUGGGUUAAUACGUGCCCGUCUCCGAGGAGCAGCUGCUUCAAAAGGACAGGUCAUAACUUUUCUGGAUGCACACUGUGAGUGCACCUUAGGAUGGCUGGAGCCCUUGCUGGCGAGAAUAAAGGAAGACAGGAAAACGGUUGUGUGUCCAAUCAUUGAUGUUAUUAGUGAUGAUACCUUUGAGUACAUGGCUGGGUCAGACAUGACUUAUGGUGGUUUUAACUGGAAGCUAAAUUUUCGAUGGUAUCCUGUCCCUCAAAGAGAAAUGGAUAGGAGAAAAGGAGACAGGACACUACCUGUCAGGACCCCUACUAUGGCUGGUGGCCUAUUUUCUAUUGACAGAAACUACUUUGAAGAGAUAGGAACUUACGAUGCAGGAAUGGAUAUCUGGGGUGGAGAGAAUCUUGAAAUGUCUUUUAGGAUCUGGCAAUGUGGAGGCUCUCUGGAGAUUGUGACUUGCUCUCAUGUUGGUCAUGUUUUUCGAAAGGCAACUCCAUACACAUUCCCUGGUGGCACUGGCCAUGUCAUUAACAAGAACAACAGAAGACUGGCAGAAGUGUGGAUGGAUGAAUUCAAAGAUUUCUUCUACAUCAUAUCCCCAGGUGUUGUCAAAGUGGAUUAUGGAGAUGUGUCAGUCAGAAAAACACUAAGGGAAAAUCUGAAGUGUAAGCCUUUUUCUUGGUACCUAGAAAACAUCUAUCCGGACUCCCAGAUUCCAAGACGUUAUUACUCACUUGGUGAGAUACGAAAUGUUGAAACCAAUCAAUGCUUAGAUAACAUGGGCCGCAAAGAAAAUGAAAAAGUGGGUAUAUUCAACUGUCACGGCAUGGGAGGUAACCAGGUGUUUUCUUAUACUGCUGACAAAGAAAUCCGAACUGAUGACUUGUGCCUGGAUGUAUCCAGGCUCAGUGGACCUGUAAUCAUGUUAAAAUGUCACCAUAUGAGAGGAAAUCAACUAUGGGAAUAUGAUGCUGAGAGACUCACUUUGAGACAUGCUAACAGUAACCAAUGUCUUGAUGAACCUUCUGAGGAAGACAAAAUGGUGCCUACCAUGCAGGACUGCAGUGGCAGCAGAUCCCAACAAUGGCUACUGAGGAACAUGACCUUGGGGACAUGA